CAGCGCUACUGCAGAAUACUCAAUGAAGCACCCGACCAUGCCUGUCAACCAGUUCCAGAGUUUGGCGGGGUCCGUGUUUCAUCCGUUCCCGUACGCGUUCCGACCCAUGAACAUGGAAAUGCCGAUCCAUCCGGCGUUCCUCCCAGCAGCGUACACCAACCAAUUCGCGGCAGCAGCCCUGCAAUCGGCCACACGGGCUGCGGAACAGUCAUCGAAACGCCGCUCCUUUACGAUAGACGCCAUACUCGGACACGACAGGGACGAAGAAGGCUCUCAGAAAUCUGAUUCGGACUCGGAGACCUCGAAACAUGACAUCAGGAGACAGCAACAGAGACGAUUAGAGGCACAUCCUUACCUCAGCAGCCUAGCUUGCAGCCCUGGGCUCGGCUACCCAUCACCUCACCAAACAAUAUCAAAAGAAAAAGCAGACACCCUGAAGGUGACGAAACAUCACGAAUGGAAACCGAGCAAGUCCAAGCGAGUUCGAACCAUCUUCACACCCGAACAGCUCGACAGGCUGGAGGCAGAGUUCGAGAGGCAGCAAUAUAUGGUCGGCACCGAAAGAUACUACCUCGCAUCAGCACUUAACCUGACCGAAGCUCAAGUCAAAGUUUGGUUCCAAAAUAGACGGAUCAAGUGGCGGAAACAGAACUUAGAACAACAACAGGCAAAACUCGCUAAACUCAACUUAUUGAAGACGCAAUCUGACAGUGAUUCUGAAUCCGAGGAAAAUGACCAGAGAAAUGAAUUGAUGAGGGCGCAUGCGCCGAGCCAGGACUCCUGUUCGCAGAGUGGAUUAGGUUUGAAUGACUUUGCCGAUGUUGACGCGCAUGAACAGUGCCUCAGUGAUGACGAGAUGUCAUAGUCGAUAAAAUAAUGCGAUGAAAAUCGAUAUGGAGACAAUGUUUGUUUAUGAUGUUUGUUGACCAUGCUGUGAGAGAGGUUGUCCACUCACAUCAUCAAAAGCAAAGACAUGAUUAGUUAUUUGGAUCACAGGUUCGCAGACAGAGAUUUCGAUUCUGCUGAUUGGACAAUCGUUUCACAUUUGCGGUAUUCUCUGGAGUGCUUUUCGGAACUAAAGAAAAAGAAAAAGAAGAAUCGUAGAGUGCUUUGUUUGACAAGAAUAAACUUUGAGUGCAUGAUA